UAUGAAAAAAGAUGGACGAAUAAAUAAAUACAUAGAUUUGUAUAAAAGAGUCAUUCCUAUUGUAUCAUAAAUUUCAGAACCUCCACGUAACACUGACAUGAAAUUCUUCUUAGUUUUAGCAACAGCUUUACUAUUCCUGCUGAACACAACUGAGUGUCGUGCAGAUCAAAAUGACUUACUAGAUGAACUUAAUAAACUAUGGGAAGGAGUGAAAACACUUUGGACCAAACUGGAAGAGCAAUGUCGUAAAAAAGUUCAAGCUUAUCUAGAUGAAGAUGGUUUAGGCGAAAAAUUGGAGAAAUAGCUAAAAUUUAUAUGAAACGUGUCGAUAACUGUCUAUCAAAAUAUGCUGAAUAAUUCAUUCAAAUAUAACUGAACAAAUACUGAACAUUGAUUGUAUUAACAUUGUGAUUUUUCUUCAAAAUAAAACUCAAAUCAUUCUAAAUGUAUUACUGUUUCAAUUUCUAAUAAAAUUUGUCGGCAUGUUA